CACCCUCCGACGUGAGCUACCUUCCUUCCAGCAUCUAUCAACCCUUUCGAAACCAUUGCAGUGUUGCAUACGCAAAACACCUAUCGACCCCAUAAGCUCCUCCCACAUCCCUAUCUUCGACAAUCCCCGGGUAUACAACCUAGACUCCGAAAUGAAGGAAAUGCUUGCAAUCUGGUCAACCAUAAUCAGCCUCCUCUGCCAUAUCACCUACGCGUUCCCAUCGCUCAAAGGAUCCACAAUCAAUUCGACCACUGCCUGGCAGAUCUCACUAUAUCAAAACAAACGAUGCACCGGCCAGACCACAUACUUCUCUGGAAACACCAGUCUGCCAUGUCACGAUGCCAUUCUCAACGGCGGUGCACUGGGCUACAUCGUGCAAAUCGCCAACGGCUCCAACUGUUCGGUUGUGUUUUCGAGCGAUACCCAGUGCAAGCAAACCAAUAGCACCACCGUCCAUCUCAAUUCGACAGCGUCGAUGUGCCAAGUUAUGAAGAUCCAAAAUCAAGAGAUGCAAAUCCGGCGGUUUUCUGUCAAUUGUGGGGGCAAUCGGACAAGGUUUCGUUUUCAUGACCGUGUAUGAAGUUUCUUGAUGCAGCGUUGCGCCGUCGUUCUUUGUAGCUAUUUUUAAUGCAGUGGGAAUGAGAUCAUGUCUUUCUACAGAGACGCUAAUGCUUGAC